CUGGAGGACCCGCGCCGGAAUGCGAAGGAAAUCGCUGCACUGGAGGAAGACAUGAACAGCCGCGCACAUGAGCUCGCACGCGACAAGAAGCUGGCGGACCGGGCGUUUCUCGACCCGGCGCCGGAGGGCGUGCCCCUAUGCGAGCUUGCGCUGGACGACGACAAGGACUUCGUUGCGAUGGAGCAGGAGCGCAAGCGGCUGCUGGAGGACCCGCGCCGGAAUGCGAAGGAAAUCGCUGCACUGGAGGAAGACAUGAACAGCCGCGCACAUGAGCUCGCACGCGACAAGAAGCUGGCGGACCGGGCGUUUCUCGACCCGGCGCCGGAGGGCGUGCCCCUAUGCGAGCUUGCGCUGGACGACGACAGGGACUUCGUUGCGAUGGAGCAGGAGCGCAAGCGGCUGCUGGAGGACCCGCGCCGGAAUGCGAAAGAAAUCGCUGCACUGGAGGAAGACAUGAACAGCCGCGCACAUGAGCUCGCACGCGACAAGAAGCUGGCGGACCGGGCGUUUCUCGAUUCGGCGCCGGAGGGCGUGCCCCUGCGCGCGAGCUUGCGCUGGACGACGACGAGG